CCCCCUGCCUCGCGCUCAUGGUUGGUGGCGCUCGGUCACGUGGGCGGCCUCGCCUCUUCCUCGGGCAGGGGCCGCGGCCUCGGGCUGGUUUCCGGUGUGGCGGUCAGCGAUGACGGAGCCUGGCGCCUCGCCCGAGGACCCCUGGGUCAAGGGUCGGAGGUCUGAUGGACUUCUCCCUUGCUCGGUGCCGCAGGUGGAGUACGCUUACAGCGACAACAGCCUGGACCCCGGGCUUUUUGUAGAAAGCGCCCGCAAGGGGAGUGUAGUGUCCAGAGCUAAUAGCAUCGGUUCCACCAGUGCCUCUUCCGUCCCCAACACAGAUGACGAGGACAGCGAUUACCAUCAGGAGUCCUAUAAAGAAUCCUACAAGGACCGGCGGCGGCGAGCCCACACUCAGGCUGAACAGAAGAGGAGGGACGCUAUCAAGAGAGGUUAUGAUGACCUUCAGACCAUCGUCCCCACCUGCCAGCAGCAGGACUUCUCCAUUGGCUCCCAGAAGCUCAGCAAAGCCAUUGUUCUACAAAAGAGUAUGGCCAGGGAGAGUACUGCAACCAUUGACUACAUCCAGUUUCUGCACAAGGAGAAGAAAAAGCAGGAGGAGGAGGUGUCCACUCUACGCAAGGACGUCAUGGCCCUAAAGAUCAUGAAAGUGAACUAUGAACAGAUUGUGAAGGCACACCAGGACAACCCCCAUGAGGGGGAAGAUCAGGUCUCUGACCAGGUCAAGUUCAACGUGUUUCAGGGCAUCAUGGACUCCCUGUUCCAGUCCUUCAACGCCUCUAUCUCUGUGGCCAGCUUCCAGGAGUUGUCGGCCUGUGUCUUCAGUUGGAUUGAGGAGCACUGUAAGCCUCAGAGCACGAGGCACAGGCAUGGCCAGGUGGCUCCGAGCUUCCCCUGAGCAUGGUAUUUCUCUGCUGCCCCUAUCAGACCCUACGGGAGAUCGUGAUAGGCGUCCUGCACCAACUGAAGAACCAGCUUUACUGACCGGCUCUUGGAACCUGCGGAACAGCCAAGAGGGCCCUGAGUCUUGAACUUUGAGUACAGAGCCGCAGGGCUUGGCGAUUGGCCUGCGAGGCCCACUGCACACUGGUCAGCAGCUCCUCCUGGGCGUUUGCUCCCCAGGCUGCUAUCCUCAUUGGGGCUGGGUGUCUUUCUGUGAAAACUCCUAAUUUAUUAUGUUAUACUGAUCUAAAACGCAAACCUAUCCAGUCAUCCCCCUCCCCAUAGAAGUUCUAGGGAUAGAGAGGUCUGCUCUGGGCACCCCAGAGAGUUCUGGCCUUUUCCCUUUUUCUAAGCCUCAUAUUUCUGCUCAUGAUCAGCAUGUUCGGGAAAUACUGUCUGCUGUGUUGGUCUCUUGGGCAACAUUUACCCUGAGUUUGACCAUUUUGGCAGUAGGUGCAUGGGCAGAAAGGAGUAAGAAAUUUUCCCACAGCACCAAAGACCGAGAGGCUGCCUCAUGCCUCGGUUAGGGCUGCCUGGACAGCCCAAGGUGAGGCCAGGGCUUUCUGGCCUGCUCAGGGCAAGGCUGCCAGGUUCCUGCCCUUACCUCCUGCUCCUUGGCUUCUUCCUCUGCCAUGGUCAGAGUGAAGCAACCUGCCUGCUUGCUCUGGCCCCACAGGCAGUAGCACUGCACAGCAUAGGCAAGUGUGACACAGUGUCGCAUAACUGUUUUUUUUAUUUUUGUAAACACCAACAAUGCAAUUUUGCUAGUUAUAAUUCUGAAAAAUUAACUGGGCCUCAAAACCACUUACAGCCUUUUGAUCAAGUGUAUCUAAGUCUCUACCACCUCUCAGGGCUACCUGCAUUUCUCCCAGGCCUUGGGGUGGCAUGAGGGGGUAGAGAACAUUCUCUAAAGGCUUCUUGCGAAAGAGUAUCCAAGGUGAGGCCUCGGGCUACUUGAAUGUUGUGUUGAGUAACCUCUCUUUACUCUUUAGCCUGUUCCUCAGGCUUUCUACUGCCUUUCUCAGGUAUGGUAUCUGGGAGAUUUGAUUAUCCAGAAGUUAAAAUAUUUUUAUAUCAAACUAUGUUACAAUAAAUACUGUCAAAUACUCUUGUCGCAUUGUUCCAGAUUUAAGCAAUAAGCACAAGCAUCUGAAGCAGGAAUGAUGAAAUGGGCGAAUCCACUCAGGACAACCACCCCUCCACCCAGCACCCUGGUGGAUGGCCCUGUCCUCACUGCUCUGCUCAAAGCAGGAUCAACAAAAGCUGGCAAGGCAGCCAGUCCAGGAUACCUCAGUGUUCCCAUCCC